AUGGACUUCCGGUGUGGAUGUUGUGGCGGCGCCAUCUUGCCUGCAGUAGGGUACUCUUGCAGAAUUCUGACUUUUUUCUCAGAAUUUAAUGACAAAAAAAAAAAAUUUGACCUUUUCUUUUUUUCCAGUGGCCCUAAUCCUCUUCCAUAAGCAUCAAGAGACCACAUGAUAUUACAGAUUUAGACAUAUCCACUUUUGCCUUGUUUCUUGUCAUGUUGCCUCAGUCUACGCUUGGGCUGCAUUAAUCAGUUGUUAGCAUAGGUUGUUAGUGCUGGGGACGCUACCUGUAAGUCUACUCUGAGGGAGAAACGGAACCUCUGGAUCAGAGUCCAUGUCAAUAAACAUGUUCCGGCUGCAGACGCCGGAGACCACGGAAGUUUAGAUGAGUUUCGCAGACUUGGAAAGGAGAGAAGGUCGUUUAGUGUGUUAGGAUCGUAAGCACCGCUGCAAGACUUUCAUAUUGUGCAACAUAAACAAUGGAUAAAGAAGGUUCAGAGAUCACUAUUCCAGUCCCAUGGGGAGAGAUCAGAGGCAGAGUCUGGGGUCCCGAUCAUGGUUAUCCUGUGCUGUGUCUGCAUGGCUGGGCUGACAACUGUGGUUCAUUUAACAGCCUUAUUCCAUAUCUACCCACAGAGUGCAGAUACGUGGCAGUGGACCUUGCAGGUCACGGUCUGUCCUCCCACCGUCCUCCUGGAGUUUUCUACUCUUCAGUGGCGUACGUGGCAGAUGUAAGCCGAGUUGCUGUUGCACUGCAGCUGAAGAAGUUCUCCAUCAUAGCACACAGCAUGGGCGGUGACAUUGCAGGAAUGUUCACUGCUCUGUAUCCUGAGAUAGUGGAUGCUCUUAUUCUUCUUGACACUUAUGGAUUCCUACCAACAGAUUCAGCAGAAAUAUCAGAAGUGAUGCGGCAGGGGAUGGAUUCAAUGCUUCAAUUUGAGAAUAAAACAGAAGAGAAGACAAGAAUUUACACCUAUGAGAAGGCAGCUGAAAGGCUAAUGGCUGCAAACCAAAGUCUGUCUGAACGGUCCGUCCGCAUCCUGUUGGAGCGAGGUCUUACUCCAGUUGAAGGAGGGUUUGUUUUCUCCAGAGACCUGAGAGUUAAUUUUAAAAACGUUUCGCGCACCAGUCUGGAGCAGAGUCUGGUGAUGCUGUCGAAGAUCAAAGCCUCUAUUUUACUUGUUCUAGCGGGAGGUGGUUCUGACAUACUGUCCAAUACAGCACAAGAUAAGCUUACCUCAACACUACUCCAAAAUUUUCGGGAUCGAAACCACUCAGUGGUGACAGUACCUGGUCAUCAUCACGUGCAUCUGGAUAAACCAGAAGUGGUCGCUCCGUUUGUGUCUGACUUCUUGCAAAGUAAAGUGCUCUCACAGUCAAACUGUCCUGAGCACAAGUUAUGAGCUUCAAACACACUCACACUGAAGUCUAAUACCUCAUAUCCACCAAACUUGACUCUACUUCACUUGUUGGAAAUUGUGCUUUUCAUCAGCAAAGUAAUUGGAUAGUACCUGGUUCCUGUUCCAUUUUUUGUAUUAACUUGGCCAAGAUUUGAAGCAAGCUGAGAAAAUACUGAAAGGUGAAGUUAAAGCACUGCAAACCUCUGAUUAGUUUGAGAGAACCACCAUCCUUUAAGCAAUUGCAGAGGAGACUGUAGACCAGCUAAGGGUAUACAGAUACAUAAUUUUCAAUGAGUGAAUGAUGCAAUGUUCAGUUUCUCACUUUGUAUGGAUUCACAUUUUAAUAUCGAACUAAAAAACAUUGUUAAUGCUCACAGAGUUUGUCCCAUUGAGGAAAGUCCUUGUCUGUUCUUGUUGUUCUGCAUUUAAGUCAAACACAGGUAAGACACAGCCGUUAACUGAAUCACUGUGACUCUCAGCCAAGAACUGCAUGUACAGAGGGUAUAGGUACUAUCUGCAGUGCAAAAAGAACAUAAAAAACUUCAUGUGCCAAUUCCAACUGAGUAAAAGUAGACUGGAGUAGGAGAGAAACUGUGCUUUUGAGAAAAGAUGUGCUGUAAUUUUUUGUGAGUCAAAUCUUUUUACAUUAACAAUUUUAUUAAACCUCACAUGCUCCCUUCAUGUGCCAUUUUUCCACUCUAGAACAGGCUGAUAAUAAGAAGUCAGCCCUUAAUAUUUUUUGUUCUUUAUUAAAUCAGAUAAGAGUGAUUGCAGACACAAAAGUUGAGCUUUGUCACAGAAGUAUGACUUAUCUUUGUGUUUUUUUUUUUGUUUGACUCUUGGUUCCCCUCUCAAAGUGCAGUGCGAGGUCACCAUUUUCAAAGAGUUAACUUUAAACUAAGUCUAAAUGCUCAUUUCAAGGUGGAAGCAGAGACGGAUUUUUCCAUCUCAACUUCAGCGUCUUUCUAAGUGCAUGUAGAAGUAGUUUAUUUUUACCUCGUAUCAUGGUGUCGCAGGAAAUGGUUGAGCAGAGGUUGUGACCCUGCAGAUCCUGAUGCAUCCUGUCUCAUGAUGGACUUGGAGAGUGUAUCGUUGUCUUGUAAAAAGCCACACUUAUUGGAGAUUUUAUACUUUUCUAUGAGAAUUGCAUUUAAUGUUUAAUGACAUGAGAGAGUGUUUGUUGGUCAUGAUGUUAGUGGAGGUGCUCCCUUCCACAGGGGGCCCACUUCUGUAAUGAAAUACUGCAAAAUGUUUCAUUUUACAUGAAUUUCAACAAAUAAAAUGUGGACAAAAAUAAA